GGAACCGCGCAUGCGCGGGGCGAUCUGCGGUUCGGCGUGCGCUGAGCCAGGUUCCACCUCUUCACGCCGUGCUUGUUACUCUGUGGCUGCCAGUCUCUGGAGAGGAUGAUGGAUUUUGAGAAUCUUUUCUCCAAACCCCCCAACCCGGCUCUCGGCAAGAAACCCAUCACGGACUCUGACGAAAGAAUCGAUGGUGAAAUAGAUGGUACAGAAGUUGAAGAAACGCAAGAAGAGAAAAUAAAAUGGAAAGUAAAACUGGAGUGUGAGCAAAUUCCCAAAAAAUUUAGGCACUUCGGAAACUCCACCUCACCAAAGAAUCUGCAGCAUAGAAAAUCAAGAAGCAAGGACUAUGACGUGUACAGUGAUGAUGAUAUCUGCAGUCAGGAAUCAGAAGACAGUUUCGCUAAAGAGCUUCAGCAGUACAUACAAGCUAAAGAGAUGGCAAAUGUCGCUCAGUCCUUAUCACUUCCUGAAGAAUCUGUGAAGAAAGAGGGAGCAAAGAAUACUCAGAAAGGUAAAGCUGUUAAACAGAAAAAUAAAAAUAAAAACCUUAAAAAGAAUGGUAAACAGAAGAAAAUGAAACGAAAAUGGCCUGGUGCUGGAGACAAGGGACCAAAUGCUUCCCUGAGGAACCGUGGCUCACAGGAACAGGAUGGUAAACCUAAAGAGAAGCAGCAGCCUGUGAUAAUGAGCCAGGGAUUCAUCAACCAGCACACAGUACAACGCCACGGAAAGCAGAUUUGUAAAUAUUUUCUUGAAAGGAAAUGUAUUAAGGGAGACCAGUGUAAAUUUGACCAUGAUGCAGAGAUAGAGAAGAAAAAGGAAAUGUGUAAGUUUUAUGUGCAAGGAUAUUGUACCAGAGGCGAAAACUGUCUGUAUUUGCAUAAUGAAUAUCCUUGCAAGUUUUACCACACAGGAGCAAAAUGUUACCAGGGAGAAUAUUGCAAGUUUUCACACGCUCCACUGACUGCCGAAACACAGGAACUAUUGGCUAAAGUUUUGGAUCCUGAAAAGAAAUCUUCAUGAAAGUAAAAUACAGAAAAAAGCUUUGUGUGGAUGAAGAGUGUUGUGUCUGUGUCUGUUGAAGACUAUCAAGACUUGAUUUGAAGUGGUUUACAAGAUACCUCGUUUAAAGCGUCCCCUUGUGUCGUUAUAAUGAUGUGCAACUCUCUCAUGGAUGGCGCCCAGGGACAGAAUGUAGUGUAUAAGUGAAGGGGUUGGUCUUUAUGGAGAUGGUUCCAGCCACUGAAACGGAGGAGCAUAUUUGACUGAGGUGCUGGCUGUGGGUAUAGGCUGUGGUGGUAAAGAGCAGAAGUCUCUUCUGCUUGACUGAGUUUUCUCAAUGAACUAGGAAGCAAGGUUAGGCUGAGUGAGGAUGGAUGAAGACGCAAUAGAUUUGAAGAGAGAAUACUAUUGAGUUUCUCUGGGAAGACAUUGGGAUAACAGACAAUGAACACACAACUAGAUCUUUUCAUGUCAUUAAAUACAUUCACAAUGUAUUUUUAAUGGUUGCUCACAAUUCUGUUUUUUGGAUUAAAUUAUGGUUCCAUGAUUUUUUAAAACCAAUUCCCUGUUGUUGGACGAUAAAGUUGUUUCCAGUUUCUUACUAUUACAAGUGAAAUGGACCAGUGUCUCUUGGUGUACCAUUCCAAAACCUGGAGUUCUUAAAUUUUUUGUUGUUAAGAUGUAAGAAUGGUUAUCUUUUUCAUUGGUUCAUAAAUUGUAGUCAGAUUAAACACCUGUGUAGAAUGUAAA